UUCAUAGCUUGAGUUUGUCGGAUCGAGACCAUGUUGGCUAUUCGUCUGUUCAGUUAUGUGUUGAUCCUUCCCGCUUGCCUGGAAGCAGCCAGGAUACUGGCCGUAUUCCCCUUUCCAGGACCAUCGCAGUAUAUCAAUGUGGUGCCCUAUUUAAAGACUCUGGCAUCUCGGGGUCAUGAGGUGACCUCCAUCAAUGCCUUUCCACAGAAGAAACCGGUAAAGAACUUUCGAGAUAUUCCUGUCUUGGAAGUGUUUAAGAACUACAACGAUAUCAUUCACGAGUUUGACAAUCCCAUGAACAUAUGGGAGGAGAACAACUUUGUAAAUAAGUUCUUUUUGGGUGUCACGCGCUCUGUUCUUACCAACAAGGAGGUACAGGAGACCCUCCUGCAGCCUGGAAAGGAUCACUACGAUCUUAUUAUUGUGGAGGCUCUUCGUACGGAUGCUUACUACGGGUUUGCAGCUCACUUCAAUGCUCCCAUCAUUGGCAUCUCCACCUUUGGCACCGAUUAUAAUAUCGAUGAGCUGGUCGGCAAUGUCUCACCGUUGUCGUAUAUUCCACUGGUGACAGCGGGUCUCACCGAUCGAAUGACUUUCGCAGAGCGGGUUAUCAAUUUUUUGGAUACUUCGAUUGGCUGGCUUAACUACAGGUUUUUCCAUAUGCCGGAACAGGAGAAAAUGUAUGCAGAGCACUUCCCAUUGGCCUCGGCAAGAGUUCCACUUUCAGAGCUGAACAGGAACUUUUCGCUGGUGCUUCUCAAUCAGCAUUUCUCGUUGAGUUUCCCGCGACCCUAUGUUCCGAAUAUGAUCCAGGUCGGAGGUCUGCAUAUAUCCCACAAGCCGGCACCAUUACCCAAGGAAAUGGAGGACUUUAUUCAGGGAGCUGGAGAGCAAGGUGUGAUUUACUUUUCCCUGGGCUCGAAUGUCAAGAGCAAGGAUCUGCCGGAUGAGAGAAGGGAACUAAUACUGAAAACCUUUGCCAGUCUGCCGCAACGCGUCCUGUGGAAAUUCGAGGACGAUCAGUUGCCGGGUAAACCCGCAAAUGUUUUCAUUAGCAAGUGGUUCCCCCAACCCGACAUCCUGGCCCAUCCGAAGGUGAAGUUAUUCAUCACCCAUGGCGGAUUGCUGAGCACCAUAGAAAGUAUUCAUCAUGGCAAACCGGUUCUGGGUCUGCCCUUCUUCUAUGAUCAGUUCCUCAAUGUCAAGAGGGCCACACAGGCGGGAUUUGGCUUGGGAUUGGAUCACAAGACGAUGACACAGAAGGAGUUUAAGGAGACCAUACAGCGGCUGCUCAAGGAGCCUCGAUUUGCUGAGACAGCCAAGCAGAUGUCGGAUCGUUAUCGAGAUCAACCCAUGACGCCACUGGACACUGCUAUCUGGUGGACAGAGUAUGUCCUGCGGCACAAAGGAGCAUAUCACAUGCGAGUCGCUGGCCAGGAUUUGGGAUUCUUUGCCUACCACAGCGUGGAUGUCAUUGGUACCCUCUUGGGUGGAGCCCUUUUGAUUAUUGUGAUAAUUACAAGCAUUCUUUGGAAAAUAUCAAAGUUAGUUGGACCUGGAAGUUCUAAAAAGAAACUAAAAGAGCAGUGAAAAUUAUAUAUGUUUUUAGGAUUAUAAAUAUUUUAAUUUUGGUGCAGUUACUAAACAUAAGAAUAACAUAAAAAAUUUUAAAUUAUUUGAAUCAAACAUCAAAUACAAACAAUAUAGAAAAUGGGCUGCCA